AUGGAUGACGACCUUCAGGAUCAGCUGGACAUUCCAGCUGAUCUUACAGUUAGUGCUGAAGCGUCAACUGCUCGAUCAGGUCCCCGCAGACUCCCGAAGAAACGAACUAAGACUGGCUGUUUGACUUGUCGAAAGCGCCGGAUCAAGUGCGGCGAAGAGAAGCCAAUAUGCACCAACUGCGUGAAAUCGAAGCGAAUCUGCGAGGGUUAUGCCCAGCGAGUCGUGUUCAAGAAUCCCAUAGGGAUUUUUGGGUCUUUCAGUACUGGUCACAGCCAGGACCCACAGAUAGAGCAACAGCAUAUGAGAGUGCCGAUAUACAACGAUUAUGGAUCCCAGCUCCCUCCCCAACAAGCGGCAGCCGCUGCUCAGCAUCCAAUGCUGGCUCCACGACCUGUUGAUCCGGUGAUGAUGGGAUAUCACUCAUUCCCGUCCCGAAUCCCCUCGCCCACUCAAAUUCAGCCGAUUAAUGCACCUCCAUUCUAUUAUCCAGCAGCUCAAGUGCAGCCGAAACCCCAUAUGUGGCACACUCAGCCGAUAUCUCAAGCGGAGAGCACGUUAGUUCCAUCAAAUGUGACUGACAUCUCCCAAGCACAGCGGCCAGUUCAGCUGGGGCAGACGGACGCUCCACAUAUGACCCCUGCAAUCAUACAAAAUGUACCCCAGAUCACUAGUCCGUUCGGUCAAACAGCUGAAGAAUACGCCUCCAAUCUCUCCCCGGUGCCAGGUCUCAAUCCAAUGCCGGGAAACAGGGAGAGCGAAAUCAACAAGGUUCCUCGGAUUACGCAGCCGCUGCCUACGAUCUAUCAUUAUCAGCCACCACCAGGGAGAUUGCCGCAACAAUUACGAUCUCAUGAGCAGUUUAUACCCCAUCAGAUACCACAACAAACACAAGUGAUAUACAUGGAAGAUGAAAGCGAAGAUUAUUAUGACGUGGACUCGGAUGAUGAGAUGGUGGAUCAAUCGCAGGCCGAAGGCUUCAAUCAGCUGAGUCUCAUAAUGGCCUCUGCUAACCGCGAUGAGCGACAACUCCGCUCCUUCACGACUUACCUGAACGAGCCCAAUGUGCUCGCCUCAUAUCGUCCUACACUUGGCUCUUCUCCAUUGAACAACCCAAAGACUGCCCGCAUCUUUGCCCACUUCAUCCAUUCAACUGGUCCAUCCUUGUCUAUAUUUGAACGACAUCCUACUGACUCCUCGAUUGUUCUGGGGUCAGCUGUCCCAUCUGCACAACAAGGUCUAUGGGUCUAUACGCUUGCUCUUAAAGCUCUGGAGCAUCCAGCCCUACUCCAGGCAAUUCUGGCCGUCAGCAGCUUACAUAUUGCAUAUCUACAGCAAGUCCCCACGACAGUAUCUUUGAAACACUAUCACUACGCCCUGAAACGAGUUGGCUCCGCAGUCGGUCUUCCCCUCCGACGCAAGCAAGUCGGCACAUUGGCUGCGACUCUGCUACUAGGCUAUUAUGAGGUGAUAUCUGCCGACCACUCGAAAUGGAAUAAUCACCUGGGUGGGUCCACCCAUCUUAUCCGGGAGAUCGACUUUGCCAAGACCACCAGAGAUUUACGGGCCCAUCGACGUAGAGCUCAUGAGCAGCGACUCCAGUCGGGCUGGACAAGCUCGUGGUGGGGAAUGCCUGGCGAAGUCUCUGAGGAUGAUCCCUUCUCUGAGAAAGAGGACAGCAUCGAUCAAGAUUUUAUAGGCGCCAUUAUGGGACGAGCAGUCAACUACGACCAUUUUGGAUGCAUCAACCAGGAGAGUACGCCGCCCCCCAAAAAGCAUUUUACCCGCAAGGACAUCGAGGUUUUCCGGAUUCAAUGCGAUCUGUACUGGUGGUACGCAAAGCAAGAUGCACUCCAGAGUUUUAUUGGUGGAAAUAAACUAUUAAUGCCCUACUCUCAAUGGGGUCAAUGUCCGCCUCGAGCAGGCAUUGGCCGCUUAGAUGCCAUUUACGGCUCCGCAGAUCACCUGUGGCUGCUGCUCGCCCGGGUCACAGAUUUUGCCUUGUAUGAUCGCAAGCGAAAGUUGAGAACGCUGAAGGCAGGUGGGGUGGACUGGAAGCCAGGCCCUGAGAUGUUCCAAUUCAUGGGUCGGUUCGCUAGCGGCCCUCCCGGUCAACGACCUGGACCACCUGGCGGCUUCGGCCCGGGGGUCCCCCUGGCCCUCCAUCUGGCCCGCCUAAUAUGCAGCCUGAAGGGUAUCCCAAGGGCCCCCCACCCAUCGUAG